AGCAAAUGUGCAGCAGCGUUUACGUGUGGCCAGCCGAAGUGAGCAGAGUGAGAGUGGAAAAAGUGCAGUUCAAUCAUACCUAAAACAGCGGGUGGAUCGCUAGGUAUCGCGCGAUCUAGCGAUGCACCACCCCCAGCCACGUUUGCCCCGCCAUCGGGGCAAGCGAUGGAAGCGCCAUCUUCAGCGAUCGAAGAUGGCGACGACGAUGACGACUACAGCGACGAUGACGAGGAGUAGGCCAUGCUGGUACGGUGGUGGACUAAGUGAAGUAACGGGCGUCGCACUGGUUGCCAUCGUCGUUGGUGGCUUGAUGGCGUUUGCAGCUGCCGCCGAUCCCGGUCUCGGCCGAAUGGACGGUUUGGUCGACAUGAUCGAACAGUUCGGCAUACCGACGUUACCAUCGGGCAUCUCACCAUCGACGGGCAUGUGUAACGGCACCCGGAACGCCUACCAAACGCACCAGCACCUAGCCUACAACCUCAACCAGGACACGGUACUCAGUAUCCCAACGGUGACCAGCUUUCCCGAGGGAUUUCCGAUCGACUUUUCGCUGCUCGCAGCAUUGCGCGCCAACCGGGGCCUCGACCGGGCACCCCUGUUUGCGAUGUACUCCUCGGAGUCGGAGGAAACGCUCAUGCUGAUGGUGGGCCGAGAUGUCGCGUUGUACUACUACGACGGUAAUCCGGAGGACGAUGAGCAGGAUCAGUACCAGAACAUGAUCAGCUUUGGCGUGAGCAUCGACGACGGCGACUGGCAUCGGUUAGGGUUGAGCGUGAAGGGUAACUCCGUCACGCUGAUCCUGGACUGUGAGCGUCAGAUAACGCGUGCGUUAAACCGUCGCCCCGGGGUGCAGCUGUCCACAGAUGGGCUCAUCCUCACCGGAAUGCAGUUGAACGAAGAAGCCGGAUUCUUUACCGGCGAUUUGCAACUUUUAAUGAUCGCAAACACACCGGAUGAAGCGUACCACGUCUGUACGCGGUAUGCACCGAGCUGUGCCGGAGGAAUGGGCAGCGGAUCGAGACACACCUCUUCGUCGUCGACUACAACAAGGGUUGUUGAUGGACAAACCGUGACGGUAACACGAACACAUCAGACCAUCAGCGGCCAGGGUGGUGAUCGAUCGUCCUCCUCGUCGACAUCCUCCUCAUCAUCGUCCGCUCGAGGUCAAGGAGGAUCAAACAUUCGCGAUCAGGUGUUGCGCGAGACGGUUGCGAUCGCUGGUGGCUCUAGUAGUGGUCGACAGAUCGGGGGUGAUCGUGAGUUUGUCGAUCUGGACGGUAAUGGUGAAGGUUCGGGCUUUCCGCUGAUCGGUGAAGAAGAUGAUUACUACACCAAUCUGGAGUUUGGCGGUGAUAUCCAUGGACGGGUUGAUGUUUCGGCCAAGAAUCGGACCGAGAAUCGCGGCACGGUGGAUACGUACGAUCAGCGGCGUCCGGUGUUGCCAUUGCCCGAUCCGGAGUAUGAUGCAUCCGCUGGCAGUGAUCGGCGACUGACUCCGAGUGGACCACCAACUGAUGGAACGAAUCGAACUGAAUCAGGCUUUAGAAUGGAGCAUGAGGAGGAUGAUGAGGAUCACUCCGUGGGUUUUCCAGCACAGUCCAGGGUGAGCAUCGUUGGAGGUGUGAAGAUAGUUCGUGGACCACGGGGACGACCAGGAGAACCGGGACCAAAGGGGGAACCAGGGCGUGACGGAUUAGCCGGUCAAUCGGGACCAUCAGGGCCUCCCGGGCACGUCUUCAUGAUGCCGCUGGUGUCGGCCGGUAACGAGAAAGGGCCGGACUCGCAGGCGGAAGCACUUCGGCAGAUGCUGUCCCAGCACAUGACGGCCAUGCGAGGUGCGGAUGGACCGAUGGGGUUGACGGGAGUUCCAGGAGCCGUUGGACCACCGGGACCCGAGGGUGUGAAGGGAGAACCGGGGGAUGCUGGUGAACCGGGACCGAUCGGACCUCGCGGUGUGGUUGGAGCAAAGGGGCCAAUCGGUAGACGUGGACGCUCUGGCCGUGACGGUGAACGUGGUGCGACCGGUAUGCAGGGGGUCAAGGGAGAGCAAGGACCUAUCGGGCUACCAGGAUAUCCCGGAGAAAAAGGAGAACGCGGACGGCAAGGGCACGCAGGGGAGAAGGGGAGCCAAGGCCAUGACGGUGCGCAAGGCGAGGAUGGACCUCCAGGGCUGCCCGGAUUAACCGGAGAGCUCGGCCCACGUGGAUUCUCCGGGCCACGCGGCUUCCCAGGACCGACGGGAAAUCCGGGACUGCCCGGUUCGGAAGGAGUACCCGGAGCGAAGGGAAAUCCUGGGCCGCAAGGCCAACCAGGCUCGCCAGGCCAAACUGGUUCGCAGGGACCGGUCGGAUCACCGGGACCGCAAGGAAAUAUGGGACCACCCGGCAUUCCCGGGCCGCACGGAAAACCUGGACUCCCUGGGCUUCCCGGAGCAGACGGACCGCCUGGCCGUGAUGGAAACCCUGGUGUUGUCGGACCAAAAGGAGACGUUGGAGCGCAAGGUGUGCAAGGGCCGAUCGGAUUCCCCGGAAAUCGUGGACCGAAGGGUGAUGAUGGGGAGCGUGGCGCUACCGGUGAUAAAGGGGAGAAAGGGGAGCAAGGGCAUGAUGGUGAUAAGGGUGAUAUGGGGCCACCGGGAGAGCGUGGCCUCGUCGGAGCGACAGGAGCGACCGGACCGGAAGGACCCGAGGGACCGAAAGGAUUCGAAGGGCAACGCGGAGAGAUCGGCAUGAUGGGGCAUACCGGAGAUAAGGGUAAGCAGGGAGUGCAAGGAUUCCCUGGGUAUCCUGGACCACCGGGUGAUAAAGGAGAUAAGGGAUCCUUCGGUAUGGCCGGUUUACCGGGUGAAAAAGGCGAAAGAGGAAACACCGGACUUCAAGGAGAACGUGGAGAAGUUGGACCGAGGGGCUUCCGAGGACCACGCGGAAGACGAGGAACGGACGGUUCGACAGGACCGAAGGGAGACACUGGACAGCCCGGAUCACCCGGUCCUCAGGGAGAAAUCGGAAUGACCGGUGAAAUCGGUCCUCGUGGCUUUAUUGGCCUACCGGGACCCCCCGGAAGUGCUGGCAAGGAUGGACCUCCAGGAACAUCGGGCGAACGUGGUCCACCGGGAGAGAAUGGAAAUCCUGGACCGAUCGGUGCCCCAGGAGUUGUGGGGCCACAAGGACCCACGGGUGAACCCGGCCCAGUUGGCGAGCCUGGCAUACCGGGGCUUCCUGGCCAACCGGGAGAGCCCGGAGUACCAGGAGAUAGCGGAAAAGAAGGUCAAGCUGGUCCACCCGGGCCCCCCGGAAAAAAUGGACCUCAAGGGCAAGGAGGAUUGCCCGGAUUUCCGGGAGAGCGUGGCCUGAUGGGUAUGCCCGGAUUGCCUGGGCUCAAAGGAGAACUCGGAAUUCCUGGCCUGAUGGGGCCGAUCGGUGAUAAAGGACAACCGGGGGAGCCUGGAAGGGAGGGACCACCGGGGCCAGAAGGAAGGCCUGGCCCACCAGGACCAGCGGGACCCUCGGGGUCAAAAGGUGAACGCGGUGAGCAGGGGCUGGUCGGUCCGGUUGGACGUGACGGAUUACCCGGGCAACGCGGUCUGGCUGGUGCCCCUGGACCGGUCGGUCCACCGGGAGAAGAUGGUGACAAGGGCGAUAUGGGACCCCCGGGCGAGAAAGGAUUCAAAGGAGCUCAAGGUGAAGCGGGACCAGUUGGAUCACCUGGAUCUCAAGGAAGCCGCGGCGAACCGGGUGCAGCAGGAGCACAAGGCGAAAAAGGACCACCGGGUGAGAUGGGGAGAACCGGCCCGAAAGGGGAGGACGGUCCAACGGGAUUACCUGGCUCCCCUGGGCCAGCGGGCCCUCAAGGAAUGCCCGGAGUGGCCGGCAUGAAAGGGGAUCGUGGAGAUGACGGACCGCUUGGAGCGAUAGGGCAACCUGGUCCCCCGGGAGAAGCUGGAAGGAGAGGACCGAGGGGAGCGGAAGGAAGUCCAGGAGCACCGGGAUCUCAAGGACCACAAGGUAUAGCCGGUGAGGCGGGCCCACAAGGACCUCCGGGGCCAAUCGGACCGGAAGGAAAGGAAGGCGAAAAAGGGGCCAUCGGACCGAAAGGCGAAGAAGGUAAAUCCGGAGUGCCAGGACCGCCGGGGAAACGAGGCUUGCCAGGACCGGAAGGAGCGAAAGGUGUGGCUGGACCACCCGGAUUCCCAGGCAGUCCAGGGGAACCUGGGCUUGUUGGAGCGAAGGGCGAGAUCGGAAAGGAUGGUGACGAUGGGAAGCAGGGAGAACCGGGAACUCCUGGAGAAAUCGGUCCCCCUGGCCCCCCGGGGGAAGUGGGAGCACCAGGGAAGGUUGGACCGGAAGGACCAGCCGGAGCUCAAGGCACAACCGGAGUGGCCGGCGAAAAAGGCGACCGAGGAUUACCGGGUCCACCUGGAAAUAUCGGCAUCACAGGACCACAGGGAAUGCCCGGCACGCAAGGACCACAGGGAUUGCGAGGAUCUCCUGGACCAUCGGGAGAAAUCGGCCCCGUGGGUAAACCUGGCGAAACGGGAGCUCCUGGCAAGGUCGGUGAAGUCGGUGCCAAGGGUCCUAAAGGGGAUCGUGGCCGUCGCGGAGUGAAAGGACAUCGAGGCGAACUUGGACUCGUCGGACUUAAAGGAGACGCUGGGGAGAAGGGAGACAAAGGGACGCGUGGUACGCCCGGACCGGAAGGAGCGAAAGGAGACCCAGGACCACUGGGACCGAUCGGACCGAAAGGAAAUGAUGGCCCACAAGGACUUCAAGGCAACGAUGGACCAACGGGGCCAAAAGGAACGGAAGGUAUGGCCGGAUUGCGGGGCGAUCCUGGGCCCCCGGGUCCCCCGGGCCCACCAGGGCCACCGGCCGAUGGACCGCUCAUCCCACCGGAGUUACUGUUCCGCAUGAACGAGUUCACGCUUACGAAGGGCGAGGAUCGCAUGAAGCGUGACGCUGGAGACGGUCCCGAUGGUGAGCUCGACAACGAGCUGGAUGACUUCGACGAGGAGCUGCUGAAGGUGGAACCAAGGAAGAAGAAAAAGAAAAAGUCCAAAGCCAAAUCAUCCGAUCUGGGACCGAAGUUCAUGGACAUGUACAGCUCGAUCUACUCGAUGCGCCAGGAGCUGGACCGGAUCCGGAAACCGGUCGGUACGAGAGAGAAUCCGGCACGAACGUGUCGCGAUCUGCACUACGGACAUCCCCAGUUCAAGGAUGGUUGGUACUGGAUUGAUCCGAACCUUGGCAUGGGCGACGAUGCGGUGUACGUGUACUGCAACAUGACAUCGGCCGGUGAGACGUGCGUUUUUCCCGACAUCCACAGCUCGCAGAUGCCAACGAUCCCUUGGCGCAAGGAGAACGACAAAACGGACUGGUACUCGAACUUACGCGGUGGUUUCAGGAUAUCGUACGAAACCGUCGGCACCGUACAGAUGACGUUCCUGCGGUUGCUCUCUCAGGAAGCGCACCAGAACUUUACCUACGCCUGCAUGAACAGUGUGGCGUGGUACAGCACCAAAGAAGCAAACCACGACAACGCACUGAGGUUCUUGGGCGAAAAUGAGAUCGACAUUGGGUACGAUCAGUCGAAGAUCAAACCGACGGUGCUAGUUGAUGGGUGCAAGACGGGCCGCAGCAAGAGCGAAACAGUGUUCGAGGUACGGACGGUCAAGCUGCAGUAUCUGCCCAUCAUCGAUUUCUAUCCGGUCGACUACGGGCAACCGAAUCAAGCGUUCGGUUUCCAGCGUACCAAGUUAUCGAACGCGGAGCAAUUCCGUGCUACCCUAUUGAAUGUUCCACCAACGGAAGUGACACGACUCGAGAAUGGUUUGCGUGUGGCAAGUGAAAACUGUGGCACCGAAACCGCAACCGUAGGAUUAUGGAUUGAUACGGGAUCACGUUGGGAAAGUGAGGCAAACAACGGGGUAGCCCAUUUCCUCGAACACAUGGCAUUCAAGGGAACGGCUAAACGGUCGAAAACCGGCCUUGAACUGCAGGUCGAGAACAAGGGCGCACACCUGAACGCAUACACGUCCCGGGAGCAGACCACUUUCUAUGUCAAGUGUCUCUCGAAAGAUGUACCGCAAAUGGUUGAGAUACUGGCCGAUAUUAUCCAGAACCCGGCGCUAACCUAGGCCGACAUUGAGCACGAGCGAGCGGUGAUAUUGCGCGAAAUGCAGGAAGUGGAAAGCAACCUGAAAGAGGUCACAUUGGACCAUCUGCAUGCCACCGCCUACCAGGGUACACCGCUUAGUUAUAGCAUACUGGGACCAACGAGGAACAUCGAAUCGAUUAGUAAGGACGAUCUGCGGCAGUUUCUUGAUGCGCAUUAUAGGCCACCACGCAUCGUGCUUGCCGCUGCCGGAGGUGUACAGCAUGAUGAGUUGGUGCAGGUGGCCGAACAACACUUUCGCGGUCUCGCGGGCUCUGCGGUCGCUGGUGACUUUACGCCGCUAAGCCCUUGCCGUUUCACCGGAUCCGAGGUGCGUGUACGAGAUGAUUCGCUGCCGUUUGCACAUGUCGCUAUUGCGGUGGAAGGAUGCGGCUGGACGGAUCCGGAUAGUAUACCGAUGUUGGUUGCGAACACACUGAUCGGAAUGUGGGAUCGUUCACAGGCUGGUGGAGCUAACAAUGCGUCACCGUUGGCCGUUGCGGCCGCAACGGGCAGUCUGUGCCACAGUUAUCAGUCGUUUUACACGUGCUACAAGGAUACUGGCCUGUGGGGUAUCUACUUCGUCUGCGAUCCGCUUCAGUGCGACGAUAUGCUGUUUAACGUGCAGAACGAGUGGAUGCGCCUCUGCACGAUUAGGACCGAGAGUGAGGUGGAGCGUGCCAAGAAUCUGCUGAAAACCCAAACGCUACUACACCUCGAUGGUACUACGUCUAUCUGCGAGGAUAUAGGCCGCCAGCUGGUGUCCUGUAAUCGACGCAUUCCUCUGCAUGAGUUCGACUACCGAGUCGAUAGAGUGACCGCGCAGAAUGUUCGCGAUGUUGCUAUGAAGUACAUUUUCGAUCGCUGUCCCGCUGUUGCUGCAGUCGGACCGGUAGAGAACCUUCCCGACUACAUGCGCAUCCGAUCGUCGAUGUACUGGACACGAGUUUAAAUUCUUCACUCAUAGUUGUAGAUCACAGUUCACAUUGAGCACUCAGUAAUAAAGGCCACU